AGUAAGUCACCUGCGUUAGGAAGUCAAGAUGUUUGCGGUCCAUUUGCUGUCCUUCUACUUUUCAAAGCUUCAGGAGGAUCAGGUCAAGAAGGUAGACCGAUAUCUGUACGCAAUGCAUCUGUCAGAUGAUCAGCUCGCGGAUAUAUCAGCUCGGUUUCGACGGGAGAUGGAGAAAGGACUGUCAAAUGAGAGCAAUGCUACAGCUGCAGUGAAGAUGCUGCCGACCCACGUUUAUUCCACACCUGAUGGCUCAGAGAAGGGUGAGUUUCUGGCACUGGAUCUGGGGGGUUCAAAAUUUAAGGUGCUACAGGUGAAGGUUUCAGAAGAUGGGAAGGGGAAAGUCCAGAUGGAGAGUGAAACCUUUCCCAUCCCUGAAGAGAUCCUUAAUGGCAGAGGAACUGAGCUUUUUGAGCAUGUAGCAGAAUCUUUGAAGUCUUUUCUACAGCAACACCACAUUAAUCACACAAGAAAACCUCUCGGCUUCACCUUCUCUUUCCCAUGUGUGCAGUCCAAAAUAGAUGAGGGUGUCUUGCUGUCAUGGUCAAAGAAUUUCAAGGCUAGAGGUGUUCAAGGGAACAAUGUGGUGCAGUUAUUACGGAAAGCCAUUCAAAAAGUUGGGGAUGUUGACGUGGAUGUCCUGGCUAUGGUCAAUGACACAGUGGGGGCCAUGAUGACCUGCGGAUAUGAUGACCAGAACUGUGAGGUGGGGGUUAUUAUAGGUACCGGCACUAAUGCUUGCUACAUGGAGGAAAUGCGACACAUUGAUCUGGUGGAAGGAGAUGAAGGCAGGAUGUGUAUUAAUACUGAAUGGGGAGCAUUUGGAGAUGAUGGUGUGCUUGAUGAUUUCAUUACAAGCUUUGACCGUGAAAUUGAUGCCGCCUCAAUUAAUCCAGGAAAACAGCUGUAA